CGAGAUGAAAAAGAAUGUUAAAAGCUUUUAUAUAUCUAUUAUCACCACCAGAUUAAGUAUUUUUAUUAGCCGAUUCAAUGGUCCAGAAAUUUAACACUUGUAGAUAAUAAAAUAGACAUAAGUUUUUUGAUGGAACAGAAAUGCGUCUAUUAGCGUCACGUUUUGUUUGGAACAGUUUUGUUUGCAUGUAAACAAACCCAGCUUCUGCACUUGGCGUAUAACGGUAGUCCAGAGGUAGUAUAAAAAGUCGAAAGUUUUUGAUCCGUACGUUUCAGCUAUAAUUUUUAAUUCAUUUACUUCAAAAUGCAUUUUUCUAACUCCUUUGUCUACUUGAUAGCUAUUGUUCUAAUAAUGGCUUCUCUGACUGUUUCAGCUUAUGAAAAUGAAGAAGAAAAACAUCUUGUCUCUGAAUCAAACGCAUUACCAAUCGGUAGUGCCAUGCGUCGCAGGAGAAUAGACAAGGCCGCAAGAAAACGAGAUGUCAAAAACACUUUAUCUAAUAAGGAAGGGACAAACACUAAUAAUCUCUGCGGACACUGUGCUGUCGCUGACAAUAGCUAAAGUCAAAGAGAAAAUAGUGCUCAUAAUCAACGAUCGAAAUGAAUUAAAUAAAUUAGGUCUUCUUUCUCUGUUACAAUGA